AUGGAGCCCGAUCAGCUCGACAAUCUCCUCCCCGGCCAACAUUUCCUACAACACGAAGCUCUUGAUAAUCCAAUCCUCUCAAUCCAGAUCACACGUUUCUCGUGUGGUGGGGCCGCCAUCGCCAUCUGCGUCUCCCACAAGAUCUUCGAUGGGUCGUCGCUUGCGACGUUCGUGGCCGCCUGGACGGACGCCACCAAUCCGGAUCAUAAUAAGAGGGUGAUUAGCCCGUCUUUUCAUCUCCCCUCGUUGCUUCCACCCGACAACCGGGCCCCGGCCCCGGCCCCGGCCCCGGGUUCCGGUCACAAGGUUGUUGUGAAGAGGCUUUUGUUCAACAAGGAGGCUUUAAGGAGGCUGAAAUCAAGCAUAAGCCAAACCAACGGAAAACCCUUAUCCGGAGUGCGUGUUGUGUCUGCCGUUACGGCCAAAGCCCGAAUCCGACUAGAUCGCGCCAUCCACGGAAGAAGCAGAAGCUCCGUCGUAUUUCAAGGGGUUAACAUGCGAGGGAGAUCAAUCCCACCUCAGUCAACACACACUUGUGGGAAUUUCUCGAUCCCAGCAGUGACGCGACGCAUAGAAGCUGAGGAGGAAAUUAGGUGUUGA